AUGCCUCAAUCAUCCUGUCUCUGCGGCGCCAACGUUAUCACCUGGGACGCACCAUCCGCCUUCAACUUCCGCUGUCACUGCCUCGACGAGCGCAAGCUCACCGGUGCAGCCUUCGCCCUCAACAUUCUCGUUCCCAUUGAAGCACCCACUAUCAAAUCCGGCAAACUCUCCGUCUGGGGGAAGAUCGUUCAAAGCGGGAAUACAAUCUACAACCACUCGUGUUCACAAUGCGGGAGUCUCCUGUAUCGCCAUAGCACGGGGUUUCCGGGCACGAUUGUGAUCAAGGCGGGGUGUAUUGAUAGCGAGGAGGACCCGUCAACUGUUUAUGUUCCUAAGAUUGAAAUCUUUACGAGAAGCCGUGUCCCGUGGAUUCCUGCUAUCGAAGGUGCCCUUCAGGAUGACGGGGACUUUUCGAAGGAGUCGUUCGUUGCUCUUGGGUUCUGA